AUGGAACGCCAUCUGGUAAACAAACUUCACUCCGAUCUGAACAUCAACCAACUCAAGCAAGUUCAUGCUGUCGUUAUCACACAUUACCCAAACCUCACACCAUUAGUAACGAAGAAGCUCUUGAGUCAAUCUUGUGUUGACUAUGCUUGCAAGGUGCUUGAUCAAAUUCCUCAACCAGAUCAAUCGCUACAUAACUCUAUCAUUUCCACUUACGCCAGACUUUCUUUGAACAAAGAAGCCAUACAAGAAUUUGUUUCAAUGCAUCAUCAGGAUGCCCAGAUGGAUUGUUACACUAUUCCACCAGUUCUCAAGUCUUGUUCCUCGUUGCAUGCCAAAGAAUUAGGAAAACAGGUUCAUUGUUUGGUUACUAAUUCUGGGUUCGGUUCCAAUGUCUAUAUUCAGACUUCUUUGGUUGAUUUCUAUGCCAAAAUUGGAGAUGUAAACUCUGCUAAGCGGAUUUUUGAUGGGAUUUUGAUUAAAGAUCCGAUUUGUUAUAACUGUUUGAUAUCUGGAUAUUCAAAAUCUGGGGAUGUUUCAACAGCUAGAAAGCUUUUCGAUGAGUUAAGUGAGAAGACCAUUGUUUCUUGGAAUGCUAUGCUUUCAUGCUACGCCCAUAAUGGGGAUUAUCUUGAGGGUUUUAGAAUUUUUGAAAGAAUGCAGGUGGAGAAUUUUCGUGUUGAUGAAUUUACUGUGGUGACUGUGCUUUCUAUAUGCGCUAAACUUGGGAAUUUGAAUAUGGGUUUGAGAGUUAAGAAGUUUAUCGAUGAUAACAAAUUGUGUUCUAAUAUGAUAGUUUCAACUGCUUUGUUGGAAAUGUAUGUGAAAUGUGGGGCGGUGGAUGAAGCACGUCAUGAAUUUGAUAGGAUGGUAGAAAGGGAUGUGGUUUGCUGGAGUUCUAUGAUUGCCGGUUAUGCUCAAAAUGGGAGAUCAAGUGAAGCAUUAGAGCUUUUUGAACAAAUGAGAAGUGAACAAAGUAAGCCUAAUGAUGUCACGCAUGUGAGUAUUCUAUCUGCUUGUGCUCAAUUGGGUUCAGUGGAAGCUGGUGAGCACAUUGGCAGCUAUGUGGAGGGCCUCGGUUUAGAUUCAAAUGCUUAUGUGGCCACUGCACUUUUGGUUAUGUAUUCCAAGUGUGGAAAUAUAGGAAAAGCUCGUCAAGUUUUUGAAAGGAUGCCCCAGAAAGACGUUGUUGCUUGGAACUCAAUGAUUAUGGGGCUGGCAAUAAAUGGAUUUGCAGAGGAUGCCAUUGCUAUUUAUGAUAAGAUGAGAAAAAUUGAAGUUAAACCAGAUGAUAUCACUUUUGUUGGGCUGCUAACAGCCUGCGUGCAUGCAGGACUUCUGGAACUGGGUCUUGAGUUCUUCAGAACCAUGAGAGUGGAACAUAUGAUUUCACCCAAGAUAGAGCACUAUGCUUGUAUUGUAGACCUUUUUUGCCGUUCGGGGAGACUAAAACAAGCUUAUGAUUUUGUAGGCCAGAUGGAAGUUGAACCCAAUGCUGUGAUAUGGGGCAUUUUAUUGAGUGCAAGCAGGAUUCACUUGAAUGUAGAGCUUGCAGAGAUCUCGGUCAACAAAUUACUAGAGCUAGAACCAGAAAAUUCUGGAAACUAUGUCCUUCUUUCUAAUAUCUAUGCCAGUGUGGGCAGAUGGCAAGAAGCCCUGAAGAUGCGGUGCUUGAUGCAAAGCAAGGGGUUACAGAAAACAGCUGCCUACAGUUGGAUAGAUUUGGAAAAUAAGGUGCAUAAAUUUUUAGUUGGAGACACAUCCCACCCUAGAUCCCAUGAUGUCUACAGCGCUGUGGAGGAUUUGGCAUUGCAUGCAGCUUGGCUUACUUAUGAUUUUGACUCAGAAUUACUGUUUUCAUGA